AUGUAUUUCUAUGUGAAAGCAAGAAAAAGACGUGUUAAAGUAGAACGUUUUAUAAAUGAUACAAUACCUGAUUUAAUUAUUUUGGACCAAGUAGAAUCAUCUGAUCAUAUUAUAGAUAAUUUAUCUCAACAACUUCAUAAUUGUCAAAAUCGGAUUGAAUCUUCAUUAGAGGAACAAAGAAAAUCUCGUGAAGUUAUUGAAGAUUUACAAUCUAAAAUUAAUUUUUUUAGAAUUAAAAACGCAUCAAUUCAACAAAAUUUAGGAUCAACUAGUAGUUUACUACUAGAUACAUCAUUAAACAUUACUUUCCCUUUCUCUUCCUCUGUUAAUAUUCAUGAUACAAAAAUGGCACUAACAUCUAAUAAAGAUAAAAGUGAUAAGUUAUUGCUUUCAAAAAAUAAUACAGAUAAUGAUAAUUUAACAUCUGUUAUAACAACAAAUUUCAAUAAUAUGCAUAAAAAUGUUACCUUACAAACAACUACAAGUUGCCAUAAUUUAGUUGAUUCUAAAGUACCUAUUUUUUCAAAACAUCAUUUUUCAUCUGACAACAUUAAUCAUAAUAUAAAUAUUGAUGGAAAAUGUGAUAUAUUAAGUGAAGGACAAUAUCAUGAUUCUAAUUUAUCAUUAAAUUAUAUAAAUGCUCUUGAUCAUUUAACUCAUUUAUUAGAAGAGGAACAAAAAAAAAAUGCUUAUUUGGAAAAUUUUAUUGAAAUGUCAAAAAUGCAUACUGAAAAUGUUUUAAUGGCAAAUCAAGGAUUUGUAAAUGAUGUUAAUAGACUCCAACAUUGUCUAAUGAUAUGUGAAACAGAAAAAAAAGAUGAUGAAGAAUAUUUAAAAAAUUUGACAAAGAAUUAUAGAAAUUUUACAACAACUGUUUAUAUAGAAGCACAUAAAUUGUGGCAUUUAUAUUGUGAUUUAAAAAACGAGAUAUUUCAUUUACAAACAGAAAGUAAAAAAAUUAAAGAUUAUCAAAAACAUUUUUGUAUAGAAAUUAAAAAAGGUAUGGAAGAAAAUAUUUCAAAUUCAAUAUUAAGUAUAAUAAGAAAAAAAAGAGAUGAAGUUGCUGAUAAUGAAAGUAUAAUUGAAAUGUUAACAAGAAAAUAUGAAGAAGCAUCAUUAGAGAAUGUUAAGAAAGAACAAAAUAUUUAUGAAAUGGAAAAUAAAAUGCGUAAUUUAGAUAAUGUUAUAAGAAAAUUAAAAGAUGAACGUAAUAGAGUAUUUGAUACAUUAGUAAGAAUAUCAAAAAUGCCAGAAUUUGAAAUGGAAAGUAAAGGAAUAAUAAUUUCUGUACAAAAAAGUGUCCAAGAAAAUAAGAUAGAUAAUCAGGUGGUUGAUAUAACAAGUGAUAAUUAUAAUUUUAACAUAAAUUUUAAUGAUUUUGCAUUUGCCAUACGAUCAUCUAUCAAAUCAUUGAAGAGUGAAAUUGACAAAUUAAGAAUUGAAAAUUCUUCACUUAAAGGAAAAUUAACACAUAUCGGAAAUGAAUUGGAAACUGCACAGGCAAUGUCGUUAAACUAUGAAAAGCAAAUAGCUAAACAAAUUUCAAAUGAUGUGGAAAUGUUGCAAUUAAAAAGUGAAAAGGAAAAAAUUAUUAAAAGACUUGAGGAACGAGUAAUAAAAUUAGAAAAUGAAAAAGAGGAAAAACAAUCAAAGAUAAAUGAUUUUAUUGAAGAACUUGCUGAAUUAAAAAAUAAGCAUCAGACAAAUAUAAAUGAAUUAUUUGAAAGGCAAAAAUUACAUACUCAAGAAUUAAUAAAAAAAUAUGAAGGAGAGAAUGAUGAUAAAAAAUUAAAAAUUGAUAGUAUUCUUCGAAAACUCGAAAAAGAAAAUGAAAAUUUAAAAAAGGAGUUAGAACGAUCGAAAAAUGAAUUGAGGGAGGAAGCUGUUGAUAAGAAUUCAAAAGUUCGAAAAAUACAACAACUAGAAAAUACUUUAAUAGAGAAAGAAAAACAAAUAAGGAAUAUUAAUAAGGAACUUGAUGAACAAAGAGCACUAAAUUAUGAAGAUAAAAUGAGAAUUUUAGAAUUAGAAGCAGAUAAUGAGCAUAUGAAUUCAGAAGCUGAUGAAGUAAAAGAAUUAAAAAAAGAAAUGGAAUAUAAAAAUUCUGUACUAUCAGAAGAUAUAAAAAUUUUCAAAAAUCAAAUAAAUGAUAUGCAAAAAAAACUUGUUGAUAUGAGUGAGUUAAAUGAAAAACUCAAAAAUUCAACUAGUGAAUACGAAGGAGUUAUUGGCCAAUUAAGUAAAGAAUUAGGCGAGGUAAAUGAGCAAAUUGUAAUUUUAAAAACAGAAAAUGCUUCAUAUUAUUCAAAUAUGGAAAUGUAUGAAGAAAAAGAAAAAAAUUGGGAAAAUGAGAGAAAAUCAUUAAAAGAAGAAAUAGAUCAUAAUUUAAAAAUUAUAGCAAGUAUGAAUAAUGACAAAGGAGAAUUAAUCAAAGAGAUUGAACAAUUACAUACUACACUUCAAGAAUGUGAGGAUAAAAUGGCAGAAGAUAACAAACUAAUUGAUGAGUUGACAUCUAAAUUAGAAAAUGAAGGAAAAAUACAACAUACCACUAUUCAAAAAAAUAAAGAAUAUAAUACAACGAUAAGUGAAUUGAAAGAAAAAAUUAUUUUACUUGAAAAUUACGUUUCAAACAAACAAAAAGAAAUUGAUGAUCUUUCAAAGUGUUACACAGAACAUCAAAAAAUUGUUGAAUCAAAAUAUAGUGAAGUUAACAUAAAAUAUGACAAUGAUUUGGAAAAAAUAAAAAGGGAUUCAGAGAAUAGUAUUAAUGAAUUAAAACGGGAAAUUUCUCGCUAUCAUUAUCAACUUCUAGAAGCUGAAAAAAAUAUUAAUGAAAAAAAUUUAAAUAUUAACAAAUUAGAACAAGAAAUUGUUAGUUUAAAAGAACUUUAUGAUAAAACAUUACAAAAUCAUGAAAUUGAUUUAAAAGAAAAAAUUAGUGAGAUUGAAAGAUUAGUUGACAAAAAAGAUGUUGAAUUAUUGCAUAUUGAAAAAGAAAAUUAUGAUCUUAAACAAAACUUAAACUUAGAAAUUUCAAAGUUAAAUGAUGAACUUCAAUUAGCAGAAAAUAAAUUAAGAAAUGAAAUAGAUAUGUAUGAAGAAUUAAAAAUAAAUUAUGAGAAAGAAAAGAAAGCUAGUAUAGAAAGUAAAAAUUUAAUAGAUGAAUUAUCUUUUAAGCUUAACGAAUCAAUGGAAAGAUUAGAAGCAUUUGAUAGUAUUUUUGUACAAAAAGUUGAUUUGGAAAAAAACAUUGAAAUAUUAAAAAAAGAGAAACAAUCGUUAAUGGAAGAGAUGUUAUAUGAAAAAGAUAAUAAUUAUCAAUUAUCAUCAUCUUUAGCUGUUUCAGAAAGUAAACUGGCUAAAAGUAACUCAUUAUUAAUUGAAUUAGAAGAAAAACAUGAAGAAGUAAGAAAAGCAUUAAAUGAAAAAGUUCAUGAGGAGGAUAAACUAAGAUUAACAAUAGAUGAUUUGCAAAGACAGUUAACUGAAGAAAGUAAAAGGAAUAAAGAUUUAGUCAAUGAAAGAGAUUAUUUAGAUUCUGAAUAUGAAAAGUUAAAAAAAAAUUUAAGACUAAUUGAAAAUGAAGUAAGUAUGUUGAAUACAAAAUUAUUUGAAAAGAAAGAAAGAUAUGAUCAUAAAAAAGAAGAACUUUCUAUAGCUAACAAAAAAUUAAAGGAUGUAGAAACUGAAUUAAAUGAAAGUUUAAAAAACAUUGAUUAUUUAGAGAAGUUCUAUCAAAAUCAAGAAAAAGAGUAUGAAAAUAAAAUUUCACAAUUAAAUGAUGAAAGAGAUAGAUUAUUAUAUUUUGAAGAUAGUUGUGAAGAAUUAGAAAAAGCAAAUAAUUCAUUAUUAAAAGAAAUUGAUAGUUUAAAACAAAAAAUGGAAGAUGAAAAGAAAGCAAAAAAUAAAAUUGUUGAAGAAUUAACUAUUCGUACAACAGAAUUAGAAAGAGAAAAAUAUGAAAUGAUUAGAUUUAGUGAUGAAAAGGUUGUUGAUGUUGAAAUAUUGAAAAACAAAAUUAAUAUGUUAACUGAUAAACUAUCAAAUAGUGAUGAAAAAAGUAAACAAUUAGAAAAUGAAUGCUUAAAUUAUCUAGAAAAGAUAAGGUAUUAUGAAACUGCUAUUGAAGAUGCUUCAAUAUACAUAUUAGAAAAUGAAAAAUUAGAUUAUGAAAUAAUAAAAGAAUGUCCUAUGGGUAAUUCUAAUUGUAGAUUACCUAGAUUAACAACUAAAAUAAAAUUAUCAGGAACAAAUAAAAUUAGAUAUAAUAGUGCAGAAGGAUUAUCUGAAAAGAAGUCAAAUUUGAAUACUCUAAGUAGGAGUAUGUAUAACAUUAAUCAAACUGACUAUAUCUAUCAAGUUUUUGAAAUGUAUCAAAGAAGAAUACAUGAUUUAGAAGAAGAACGUAUAAAUUAUAGAUUACAGAUUCAAAACCUUCAUUCAGAUUUAAAUAUUGCUUUAAAUAAUUCUAGAGAUACAGAAGAAAAAUUAGAAGAAAAUGAAAAAGAUAUUAAUAAGUUAAAAAAAGAAAAACUAGAAUUAGAAAAUAAUCUUAAAAAUACUAGGCAAUUAUAUUUAGCACAAGAAGAAAAUACACGAGCAAAAGAAAUUGAAAAAAAAAAUUUAAAAGCUAAAAUACUUUCAGUUGAUUUACAUUCUAGAGAUAAAGAAGCUCGUUUACAAUUAUUAAAUAAUACUAUUUUUGAACUUCAAAAGGAAAAUAAAAGUUUAAAAAUGGAUCUUGAGGAAAUUAUAGAUAGAGAACGCCGUUUAAUCAUUGAAAAAGAAACGUUAGAAAAUAAAUUAUAUAACAUAAAAACAGAAAUGGAAAUAACAAGACAUGAGUUAAGUACAAUUGAUAGAGAAAAGCAAACAGUUAUGACAAAAUUUCACAACGUGUAUAAAAAAACUUCUAAAACAUUAGAAUCUUCUGAAAAUUCCGGUAAUUUAAUUAAUCAUCUUAAAGAAUUAGAAAAAUUAAUCCAUAGUAAAAAAGAACUUUUACAAAAAUUAGAAUUUGAAGAAUCAAAACGUAUGAAUCGUGGUGACUUAAAAAAUGCACAUUUUGAAAUUUUGCAAUUAGAAGGACGAUUAGAUACAUUUAAAGUUGAAUUUUCAGCAUUGGUAGAAAAAUAUAAAAAUUGUGAAUCUGAAAAGGAUUAUUUAAGGAAAGAGUUACUUGAAUGUAAACAUCAAUUAUCAUCAGCAAAGAUCAAAAUUAAUGAUUUACAAAUAACAAUAAAUAAUUUAAGUUCUCAGAAAAAGAAAGCUGAGGAUAUGUUAAGUUAUGUUGAAAAAAAUGAAAAAAAUGUUAUACAAUUAAAAACGGAAUUACAUAAUGAUGUAAGUCACAUGAAAAAUGAUAGAUUAAAACUAAUUGGUGAAAUAGAAGAUUUGAAACGUAGAUUAUUACGUUGUGAAGUUGAAAAAAGAGAAUUGGAAGCUCAAAAAGUAAGACUUGAAAGAGAAAAAACAUCCUUAAUUCGUACUGUUGAAACAUUGGAAUCAGAAAAAAAUAAACUUGAUGGAUUGGUAAAAAAAGUUACAUCUGAAAAGGCAAUACUUGACAAAAGCUUGUCAACCAUUGAAAAAGAAAAUUCAGAAUUAUAUAAAAACUUAUCAUUACUAAAAAGUCAACUAGGACAAAUGGAAAAAGAUCGUUUAAAUAAACAGGCAGAAAAUGUUCAAAAGAGGAAAACACAAGCCGAAAUAGAAAUUAAUAAAUUAAAUGAAGAAAAAAGACAGUUAGAGAAACUUUACAAUCAACGUGAUCAUAAUUACACUAAAAAAAUAACAGCACUUGAACAGGAAAUCAAUACGUUAAAAAUUUCAUUAGAAGUAGAAAGAAAAAGACGACUGGAACAAUUAAAAAGUGGAAACAUUGGUAAAGGAGCACCUGCCUUAACAAAUAAAUUUGAAACUAUUUCAUAUAAAAAAUAG